AUGGCGUCGCCACGGGGACGGGGGUCGGGGUCGAAUCUGGAAGACGCGGCGCGGCAGCUGUCAUCCAUCAUUGCCGCAUCUUCUCUAUCACUUCCCCCUCCUCUCACUCCCCCCUCUUCUCACUUCCUCCGCCUCUCACUUCCUCCGCCUCUCACUUCCUCCGCCUCUUACUUCCUCCGCCUCUCACUCCCCCCGCCUUUUAAUGUUUCUUCAAGCUGCUGCGACCACAUUCUCUCGCCGCGCUUUCCCCUUGCUCUCCCCUUCCCCCCUCUCCUCCCGUUUCCGUCCCCUCUCCCUCCCUUCCCCUCUCCCCUUCAUUUCGCGCCCACCCUCUUCCUCCUCUUUCUCGGCCCUCCCCCUCCCCCUCUCCUUUCCAGCCACCCAGCAUUGGUGGACGAUUUUGUCCGUAGUGGCAUGGUGGUGGGGGUGGGAUCAGGCUUCGGUUCCUCUCUCGCUGUCACCCACCUCAUUAGCAAGAUCGAGAGCGGAUCGCUGCGAGAUAUUAUCGCCGUUCCUACGUCCCUCACAUUAGAAGCCCCCUCACGUCCAAACUUCCCUCGCCUCAAAAGGUCCCUCACAUGCGCCUUGAGUCAUCAUUUUCUCUUCACGCAGCAGCUCAAGCAGAAUUCCAAGUUCGAUUUCGCCUUCACAGAUGCAGACGUGCUUGAUUUCGCCUUCACAGAUGCAGACGUGGUCCAGGAAGGGACACUCUUCUCUAUCAUCGGUCGGCGCAUCCCAACCAAACGAGGCUCGGUUCUCAAAGAGAAGGCUGUGGCUCGGGCAGCUGAAACUUUCGCUGUGAUUGUGCCCGAGAAGCACUUUGAGGAGGGUCUGAUUGACGGGGAAGUGCCCGUUGAAAUCGAGCAGGAGCACUGGCUGGACAUAGCAGAGGAGAUUGACGACCUGUUUCUCGGUGAUGCGGAGGUGUGGCGGCGACCCACGAGCGGCACAGCAGGGCCAUUGGGAGGAGAGUUCCCUCUGGUCACUGAAGGCGGGCACUUUGUGCUGGACGUCAUCUUCACGACUCCCAUCGCAGAUAUGGGAUGUUGCUCGCCAGUUAGACUGAAUGUUGCUGGAGGGGUUAAAAAUCUCAUGCAGUAA